AUGAUUGAGAAGAUACCAGAUUUUGAUGAUGAAUUGGACGAAGAAGAGUUGGAUGAGGAUGAUGACAUGGAGUCAGAUGAAAGGGAGAGUAGGCGAAGAUCAGAUGUGUGGUGCGAUUUUACCGUGGUUGACAAGGCAAAUGGAACGAUGAAAGCACAAUGCAAUCAUUGCAGGAAUCAGUAUGCAUGGCAUUCCCACUCGCACGGAACCAGCGGGUUGAGAAGGCAUCGUUUAAGAUGUAGAAUGUAUCAAAGGAACAAUAGAGGUCAGCAGCAGAUCAAUUUCGCGGGGAAACUACAGUCUCGCAAGUAUGAUCAUACUAUCUUUCGGCAGAUGACCAUUUGUCGAAACACGGCUAGAUCAGAUGUCAAUCGACUGUAUGAAAGCGAGAGAGACACAUUGAGGAGAGACUUAGCUACACUUCCUGGUCGAGUAUCAUUGACAUCUGACUUGUGGACCUCAGUAAAACGUGAAGGGUACAUGUGUGUGACAACACAUUACAUUGAUCGGAACUGGAAGUUGAACAGCAAGAUCAUCACAUUUUGUGCUCUAGCGCCACCUCACACUGGUAUGAAUGUUGCUAUGCAGCUUCUCGAGUCGAUGAAAGUGUGGGGAUAA